GGGCGGGCGCAUGGCGGGGGCCGGCGGCGCGGCGGGGCCGGCGGCGGCCCGGGAGCUGCUGGACGUGCGACCCCGGCCAGGGCUGGAAGACAUUUUGCUGAUUAAUUCAAAAUGUAGCAGCAAGAAGGCCACAACUUUACAGACGGUUAAGGUGCCAAGGAGCAAUGUUUUGGACCGAGUACAGAGCUUUUUACCACAGAUGGCCCAGGCAAAUGAUGAGCUCAAAAGAAAAAUGGUAACAGCACCUGCUCAUCAGUUUGAUAUUGAACAUCUAGACAGUGAAACAGAAAAAGUUAUAGAAAUGAAUGUGGCUGUAGUUGAACUGAGUGAUUCUGAUACAGAUGAAGAGUUGCUGACUUCAGAAGAUGACUCGGAAUCUGAUGAAGAUGAUUCUGUAACUGAUGAAGUGACAGUAGACAACAUUAAGUUUCCUAAACAAAAAGGAGAAAAGGGCAAAAUAGAAAUUUUGGACAGCAAAGCAAAUGAGUAAAUCCAUUUUAUUUUACUUUAAAAAACCCCAAACCAACCAAAUAAUGUUUUCUCACUUUGAAGAGUUGUCCCUUAAAACCACUUAGUUUACAUGGUGGAGAAUUCCAGAUCCACUCAUGGCUGGGGAAGGCUGGAUUUCUGAAGAAUUAAGUUUGAUUUGAUUAAUCAAAUAACAGGAAAGUGGACUUCAGAGUAGUUUACACCAAGAAAACAGCUAGAGUAAGGGGCAUUUGAAAGUUAAACAUUCUUGUUCUGUUGCUUUGUUGAAGACUUUUUUAUAGGAAGGUAGAAGUUUUUCCUUCAAGGGCAAGAAAGUGUUAACUAGGAAAAAAGCUUUGUUUUCAUAUUUCAUGUCCUGUGAAGUGUUAUGUACGCUCUCUUCACUAUUAAACAUGAUUUUUCAGUACCCCAGAGGUAUGUCUACAUUGCAUUCAUGCUGGACACCAGAGAUGUGGCUGAGCUCACUUCUAGCUGAGCCAACCUGGGUAAGGACAGCCAUGAGCAGAGGUCAGCAAAGGGUUACAGUACUUACCCUGUGUGCCUGCACCGGGCUCCACAGCAGCAUGGGGAGCUUACAGGCCCCUGUGGGAAACCUUUGUGGCUGUGGUGCAAACACCCUCCAUACGCAAAGGAUCAAGGCUGCCUCUGGGGCUUUAAGCUACACUUUUCAUCCCCCAAGUUCCCUGCCAUGUUUCCAAUUUCCAUUUUGUUAACUGUCACUGACAGAAGGAUGAAAAGGUGACUUUUCAGCUGGCCUGUACUUAAGUUGGCUUGACACAGUUGUGAAACCAGAAUCAGUGAAAGUGUGUCCCAUUUAUACUUACCUCAGAUCAAUCAAGUACAAUGGUUUGGGCUAUUCCAUUUACUUCAUAGAUCAAUUUGCAUUUCAGAAGUAUCUGUCAUGCUCCUGGAUGUCAUUGUUUCUUAAAGGAACUUUGUAUUUUCUACACCAUUAAAGUAAAAUUUUCUAUACUGUAUUUGCUCAAAUAUUAAACUUAAUGUCAUGGCUUGAAA